CCUUCACCUGAUGUGUUUCUCAACAUUGUUAACAGGGCUCUUGCAAUUUUAUCCACUUUAAGGUUUCCACUUUGAAUUCUCCCACUAUAUAUAUUUAGGGUACUAAACAUGCCAAUUCAUCAAACCAUAUCUGCAAUUCUCACAGAUCACUACAACUUUUCUGUAUCCAACCUCUGAGGUGCAUUUCCUUAUUUUUGUAUUCUGAAGAUGGGUAUCAAAUUGAUGGGUAUAGCUCAUGCCAAGCAGAAACUACAGCGAACCCUUUCAGCGAGGUUGGGAGCAGUUACAGACACUACGGGUAUUGAUGUCCCGAAAGGCCACUUUGCUGUUUAUGUUGGAGAAGGCAAGAAGAAGAGGUUUGUGAUUCCGAUAUCGUAUUUGAACCAUCCUUUGUUUCUAGACUUGUUGAACAAGGCUCAGGAAGAGUUUGGAUAUGAUCAUCCUACAGGUGGUCUUACAAUUCCAUGCAGUGAAGACUACUUCAUUACCCUAACUUCGGCUCUAAACUCCUCAUAAUCAUUAUUGAUGAUAGUUCUGUAUAUGACCUGAAACAGGUCGAUUAUUUAACCAAUUCAUUUUUCUUUUAAUUUGUUUUCCUUUCAUCCUACAUUAAAACCAACAGAACUUGAGACUAAUAAGUGUGAGUCUCUUAAGUUUUGUGUUAGUUGUUAGUUCUUGAGUAAUACCGUUUUGUAAUUUGUAGUCAAAUUUUUCACCAUCACUAUCUACAUCUUUAUGGUCUACUUUUGAA